AGACUGCUUAGCUAUCUUUGCCACUAUGGGUACCUAGUUUCGCGUUACGCAGGCGACGCCUCUUGACCAUCGACUAAGUCCUUAUGUUUAUUAUCCAGACAUACAACCAAAGGAUGUAUACUACUUACUCUUAACAUUUUAGGCCCCAUGCCAAGGGCCUCGGUGCCCACGAAUGGGCGCCCAGGCGUCAGCUAUACUAUCAUCUAGACCUACGUGACGCCUUCUCUAGCUAGAUAGCAGCAAAGUAAUGGAGCGGCAAAGCAGCAUUGGCAGUCAAGGGAGUGGCAAGUCCAGCGCCACGAAGAUUGUUCGGGACGCUCAGAAGCAUGGAGACUCUGUGGAGAGUCAAAAUGUGAACAAUGGGUUCACUACGGCACUCUUCGGGGUGCUGUUCACCCUCGCAAAGGAGAAAUACAGCGACAGUUGGAAAGUCGCGGUGCUGACUGUCGUGGUGGACUUCUUCCUGAUCCUUGCCAUCAUGCUCAACCUUGAAUACCCAUGGGCGGUAAACCCGCACAAUCCACUCUUCCGCUUCUUCUACAUGCUGGAAAUCCACAAACCCCUGUCAGCAGCGGGAUACAAGUUCUACAUGAUUGUGUUUUACCUGCUGUCAGGCAUGCUUUUCCUCUCCGUUGCCAUCUGCGUCUGGGUCGCAUGGUGCUUCAAGAACGACUCCUUUCCUUUCCUCUGGCCAAUUAAGUUCGUUCGCGUCGUAGUCAGCCUGUUCUUCGGGAUGCUCUACAUCGCAGCACUUAACAUCUUCCUGGUCAUUAUCGAGUGCGCCCCCUCACACGGGGUCUGGGUGCAGCACAUAUGGCACGUCGAAUGCCUUGCCAUGCCCCACAUGGUUCACGUGGUAGUCUCCUUCCUCAGUUCCAUCACCUUUGCGGUAGCGGCGCUGCUGCUGGUGUUGGCCGACCACGAGCUGCACCCCAUGUCUCGCAGCCUGCUUGCCGCGCCGCACAGCAUGGUGGAGCUGAAGGCGCAGCUGGCCAAGACGGUGAUCACGGUGGUGGAUAUCUUGCUGUGGUCCUACCCCAAGGUGCAGGGCGUGGUGUUUGCGCUCUGCACCGUGGCUUCCUUCUACUACCACAUGAAACAGCUGCCGUACUACACGUACUGGAUGAACAGCUUCCGGCUGUGCUUCCUUGCGGUGCAUGCGUGGGUGGCGGUGCACCUGUGCGUGCUGGUGUUCGCCGUGAAAGCGCACAUCGUCAAGAAGGGCGGCAUGGGCUUCAUCGAAUGGGAGGUGGAGAACUACGAAACGGCGAAAGCCAUCACGGAUUCGAUGGCUUACGGCGUUGCCAUCGUGUUUUGCGGAGCGGGUCUUGCGGCGGCCGUGAGGCUGUACUACUUCUUCCGGGUGGCACUCAAGUUCCAGCGCCUGCAGCAGCAGCCCACCCUCUACUCGAAGCGCGUGCACCGCUUCGCUGACGAGAAGGACGUGGAGAUCUGCAGCCGCAUCGCGCGCGUGUGGGACGAGGACGGCGUGCUGGACCAGCAGUGCCUGGACCUGGCGGAAACCAUCUUGCGUGCGGGCAUACAGCAGUUCCCAAAGUCGCCCUUCCUGCACAUCAUGUACGCCAACCUGCUCAUCGAGUGCCGCCAGCAGCUGCAGAGCGGCUGGGCGCAACUUGAGGAGGCUCGGCGCAUGCCGCUGAACCUGUCGUAUCGCUUCUCCAUCUUCACUCGGGAGCAGGAGCACAAGCAGAAGGCGGCGGUCAGCAGCAGCGGCGAGAGCGCGGCGGACCUGGUGUCGUAUGUGGAGUUCCAACGCAACUACCGGCUGAUCCAAUCCUACCACAAGGCGGCGCUGGUGGCCAUGCGGGAGUUCUGGCGGUUGCUGCUGAACGACGCCGUGAAGCUCAACUCGCUGACGUCGGCCUUCCGCAAGAUCGAGCAGAUGGAGAAGCUGGCGGACAAGACGUACAAGGUGGUGCUGGAGAGGUAUCCCAAGGCCGUCAAGCUGCUCCGCAGCUACGCCAACUUCCUGGAGACGGUCAAGAACGACCCUUGGACUGCCGCACAGUUCUACAGUGAGGCCGAGAAGCAGGAGGAGGCGCUGGAGAAUGCGGAGCACGACAUGACGGGGGAGGAGGGGCUGAACAUGCGCAAUUCCGCAAUCGUCACAAUUAACGCCAUGGGAAUCAUCCAAAUGGCCAACAAGCACGCAAUCAAAAUGUUGGGGUACGCCAAGGGCGAGCUCGAGGGCAAGAACGUGUCUUGCCUGAUGCCGCAGCCCUUCUCCUCGCGCCACAACAGCUACAUGCGGAACUACGUGACCACCGGCAAGGCCAAGAUCCUGGACUCGCUGCGUGAGGUGGUGGCGCUGCACCGCGACCGCUAUGUCUUCCCCAUCAAGAUCAUGGUGACCAAGACGCAGGGCACUGGCGCGGACGCGGUCUUCAUGGGGCUGCUGAAGGAAGUGGAGUCGGACCCUCACCAAAUCAAGGCAUGGGUGAUGACCACGGGCGUGACGCUGUGUGCUGACGCCUCCUUCACCGACUGUGCGGGCUGGGCGCCCAACGACCUCAUCGGAAAGCCCUUUGUCUCGAUCGCCGCGGAUCCUGACUUUGUCACAACGCUACUGGACCAUGCGAUCCACAGCACAGAGGAGGAACUGGCAGAGGGAAUCAGGGCCGACGUCUUGCUGACGCACAAGUAUGCGGAGGACGUGCCCGUCUCAUUGAAGAUCGACAUGGGAGGUACCGCCGACCAGCGCCUGCUAGUCCUGACCAUGACCCGCCGCGGGGAGGUCGUCCCCACCAUGGUGUUCGACCACCACGGCCGCGUGCUGUUCGCCAACCAGGCGCUCUGCAGCCUGCUGGGCACCAAGCCCAAAGACAUGCGAGGGCGCGACAUUGCCACGCUGAUGCCGCAGCCCUUUGGCUUCCUGCACCACCGCUGGAUCAAGGAGGCGGAGGCGUCGGUGGCCCGCGCGCCGCCCUCCAGCUGUCGGGCGGGUGCGGUGCACAGCCUGGUGUCCUCCAACGGCGUGCAUGUGCCGGUGCGCCUUUCGAUCACGUCGCGGGAGAUUAGCGGCGCGCAUGUCAACAUUGUUCGCGCCACCCGCAUCUCCAGCGAGGAGCACCUGGACGAGCAGCGGCUCAACAUCACCACCGACCAGCACGGACACAUCAUCAGCGUCAGCGCCGCGCACCACCAUGGACCCCACGCCAGCACCAGCGGCCUGCCGCCGGCGCUGGCGGCGGCGGAGCAGGCGGCGUCGCGGCCGCAGACGUUUGGCUUUCCUGCGGAGAACCUGAUGGGGCGGAAGCUGUACGAGACGGUGGACAUUUUCCAGGAGUGGCAUGCGCAGGGCCACAGCGUCAUGCACGCGGUGAAGGCGCUUGCGCAGCACUCCUCCGCCCGGCCGGGGUCCGCGUGGCGUGUGGGGGUGCUGGUGCAGCACAUGUCGAUGGAGACGGAGCGCGUCGCCAAGGGCGAGGGGGAGCCGCAAGCCUCGGAAGCGCCGUCUCGGGAGCCGACAGGGACGCUCUCCCUACAGGCCAGUCGGGGCCAACUGCUGAAGCGCAGCAACACGUUUGCCCGCUCCUCCAUGACCAAGUGGCGUGCUGCCAUCAUGCAGGUCAUGGGGCCCGAGCACACCGCGGGUGGCACGCACUACACCAUCAAGCUGUGGCGGCCGGAGCUGCUGAGCGGUGUCAUGGAGCUGAACGAGCGGAUGAACGUGGUCAAGGCGGACACGGCAGCGGGCCUUAUCUUUGGUGUGCCUGCCAACGUGAUGGCUCAGCAGCACCUGUCACGCUUCCUGAAGCUGGGCGGCGCGCAGGAGGACGGCGGCGGCGGUGCUGGCGGGCCGAGGUCGCGUUCCCGCAGCGCUGACGGUGGUCAGACGGCGCUCAUCAGCAUGGAGUCCCUGUUGGGCAACAAGAACGUCAAGGGCGGCAUGAAGGCCAAGAGCAACGCGCACAAGACGGGGCCACGGCGGAUCUUUGAGGCUCGACAUGCGGACGGCAUGCCGCUCCAGAUAUCCUUCCAGGUCGCCCUCAAAAACGGCACCAGCAACACCCGCCUCAUGGCGGCCAUCAAGCCCCUCAACAUGAUCAAGGGCAACGUGGCCGUGCUGUACGCCGCCUUGCGAGGAGAGGACCUGGACCACUUCACAGCUGACAUGGACAACGGCACGGCCUCCUACUACCGCAGCCGCACGCUCACGCUCAGCGUCGCCAAGGAGCCGCAUGCAGCCUCGGCCAAGGAGCAGCCUCCCUCCCACUCCGUGUCCGGGGUAAGCCGAUUGCGCUCCCAGAACAGCGGUGUGCUGCAGCGCGGGGGCUCCUCGGUGCACCGGGCGCAUACCCCGGUGGCGGGCGUGAAACUGGGCUUGGACAAGCACUCGCCCGGGCUGGAUGGGUCUCCAUCGGCGCUGUCAGCGGUUGCGGCGGGCACAGCUCCGGGGUUGGCGUCUGCAGGCACGCUGAAUAGCGGCAAUGGACGAGGUGACUCGGCGGGCCUUGCUGCCAGUGAUGAGGCGGUGACGACAGGCCAUGUGAAGGUGGAACUGGUGGACGGCCAGCCCGAAGACAAAGCACUGGACGACCAAGGCGCGGAUGCAUCGCUCCUCAUCACAGCUGCGACAGCACCCACCACCGACCCCCUCGCCACCAACCCAUCAGACAACAGUAACAUGCUGGCAACGGCCCGCGACGUGGACCUGGUCAUCGCACUGGCGCCGGCGCCUGAGAAACCCGAAGCAACUGCUGCAGAACCACCAGGAGCCGAGGGCGACGCCGCCACUGACGAGAAGAACGCCGGGGUGCGUGUCACAAGCCGGCAGCCCUCUCAGCGGUUGAAAUCCCCGCCGCCUCCGCUGCAAAACCUGCACAACUCGAGCAGUCUGUCGGGCUCUGGCAGCGGCGCCAACCGGCCGCCCAUCAGUGACGACAGCGCCAUGAUUCGGCCGCGCCACCAUGAGGCGCUGCCCAAGGAGCGGCACCUCUCCCGGCGCUUUGUGACGCGGGAGUGGCAGGAGGUGGAGCAUGUGGACCCAGAUCAGGUGCCCAUUCCGCAUGACAUUGACUACGACAUCGAGCACCACGUGGGGGAUGAGAAGGACAUGGCGGUGUCUAGCAGCUCCUCCAGCCACGAAGAUGACGAUGGCCCGGAGGCAGACGCAGACAAGCACGUGGGCAAGAACACGGAGGGCGCAGCGGACAAGAUGACGCGCGAGGAGGCCUUGCAGCGCAAGCGGACUAUGGCAGCGAUGGAGCCGGGCGAGCGAGCGCAGUACGUGCGCGGCGUGCGACGUGUCAAGGAGUGGCUGGCAUCAGGCUACUGCUUCGACCGGCGUGACGCGGAGCCCUUCGAUCCGCCCGCCUUGCUCUCCAAGAGUCCGCCGCCGCUCAACAACGCAGAGGCAUGGCACAGCGGCCGGCAACUGUCGCGAGUCAUGGAGGAGGAGGGGCCGCCAGCGAAGACGCACGGUAGCUUCAAGAACCAUGGUGGGAGCUUCCGUGGAGGGGCACACGGCGGGGUGCAUGGGGGCGUGCACGGAGGGACGCAUGGGAGCGUGCACGGAGGGACCCAUGGGUCAUCUGGCGGCGCCGCGCAUCGGGGCGCUGAGCUUAACCCGGACGAUCAGCUGAUUACUCUGGACGAGCUGGCGGCGGAGGUGGAGAACCACGGCGACGACGACGAAGAUGAGGGCGAGGCCGAGGAGGAGCAGCUGGAGGAGGAGAACCUGGAGAACGGCAGUGGCGGCGGCAGGGGCGACGGAGGAGAUGGGGAGCACAAGGGCCACCACCAUCACCACAAGGGCGAUGGCCCGGAUAGCAGCGGCAUGAGUCGCGGACGCCGGCUGAGGCGCCUGCUGAAGAUGUUAUCCGGACAAAAGGUCAACGUCACGAGGUUGCGCGUGCAGGUGCUGGUGGUGGUCGCCGCCAUCCUGCUGGUGCACACCAUCUGCUUCAUGACGGUCAUCAUCUACAUCAACAAGCAGAAGCAGUUCAUAACAGAGAUCAGCGCAGCAGGCGAGGCCAUUGACCGCUCGCACUUCACCGCCAUGUACUCUCGGGCCAUCGAGGCUGCGACGCGCUACGCGGGGUUCACUUCGGAUGACAUCCCGGCGCUGGCGGAUCGGCUGACCACCGACAUUGACCGACUGGAGUAUCUACACCAGGGCCUCUACCUCGGAUUCAGCGGCCUGCGGAGACCCAGCGACAAGCAACUGAGCGACUUGUGGAAUCUGCAGCAGUGGAACGUGACGGAGUACAAGGAUACCAAGGUGCCCUCCUACAGCCAUGUCAACAUGACACUGUGGAACCUUGGAAAUGACUACAUAUCAGCGGUGCGUGAGGUUGCCUUCUACGCGACGUCCAACAGCCUUCACAUAGCCGGCGCAUCUAACAGCACGUACAUGUCUCCACCACCGGCUUCCUUGGCCUCGACUUCUGUUGCAAGCAGCGCCAACGUCACCCUAACCAGCAACCGCUUCUGGCUGUUCAUACGUGCCAAUGUGGGCGAAAGCCUGUACGUUGGCUACCUCCGCGUCCUCAACACGCUGCUGCUGCUGGCCCAGGACAACAUCUCCAUGCUCAAGAUCAUCUUGAUCUCGCUGCUGCUGGCGGAGGGCUGCACGGUGUGCUUUGGCAUGACCAUUUACGUGUUCUACUUGCUGUGGAAGGCCUCGAGGUCGCGUGCCGCGCUCUUCACCGUCUUCCUGGUAAUUCCUCAGGGCCAAGUCAAGGCGCUCGCAUCCCGCCACAUCAGCACCAACCAGGAUGACGAGGACAGCGAGGACGACAAUGCCAGUAACGCCAACGGUCCGUCAGGGAAGCAGGAUGGCGGGGACGACGGCAUUUCCGACGGGGCUUCCGUCGUGUCGGCGGGAGGCGGCGCCCGCAGUCGGCGCCCUUCGACCAUGUACGAGAGGUCAGGCAAUUCGGCCACGGCGGGUCGCAAGGGCAUCACCUUUAACGAGAAAACCGAGACGAAGCACGACGGCCAGACCGACACCGUGCUUGGCCGCAUCAAGCACGCACUCAGCCGGGACAUGGGCUCUCCCGCCCGGGAUGCUUCAGCCGCCGGUGGCCCCGUGCGGCGCUUCUUCACCCGCAAGCGCCUGACCCACACAAUUUCCGAAAUCAAGUACCUCGUGUGGCCCUUCUUCGCCUGGGGCGUGAUAAUCUGCAUCAUUUACCUGGUCUCAUACCUGCAGUUUGCCAGCGUGGAGGUCUCGCUGGUCAACCUCAAGAUGUUUGAACGUUCAACAGCGCAAGCCUCCCGGACCAUGUUCUACGCAAACGAGCUGGCGCUGGAGUCUGACGUGGCGCUACAGGCGGCCCUGCAGCCCAUCGUACGGGAGGAGGCCUCAUGGCUGGAUACCGUGUAUAGUACGACACUGUACGGCGGCCGUACGUUGGUUGACGGCACACAGGACGGCGCGCACGACGAGAACACGGGCUCGCUGUUCGCCAAACAGGCACACGCGACAUUGCUGUUUGAGUCGCGUAGCUGCAUGCGGGAUACGUCGUCCUCAUGUGUGUCGGAAAGCGACCGAUACUAUGAGGUGAGUCGCCACGCGAUCGACCCCAUGAUGCGGCGGCUGAUGCAGGAGGCGACGCUGCUGGGCCUGGACGACCUGGGGGACGUCAGCCCGGAGUCCACGCGCUGGCAGUACGUGUGGCAGAUUGCCCGCGACGACCUGCACGCGGGGCUGACCGAGCUGGUGUCGACCUACCGGAUGGACGCGCUGGCGUCCUUCCAGGGGCAGGGCACACUGCACAUCGUCAUCUUCUCGCUCAGCUGGGUCAUGUGCGCCGUGUACUUGUGGCUCUUCCUGAAGCCCUACCUGCAGAUAUCGAGCACGGAAACCAAGCGCGUGGCUGAGCUGCUGUCUCAGCUGCCGGCCGAGCUGGAUGUGGAGGGCAUGGUGGAGGAGAGCUGGCUGGUGGUAGCAGACACGCAGCUCGACAGGGAAAAGUCCAACACCAUGGCUACCUUUGCCAAGUCCGCGAUGUCCGUCUUCUCUGCUGUACGACUCGUCUCAAACAUCGCCAGCGCCCGCCGCUCCAGCAUGGGCCAAGCGCCUCAACCCGCGGGAGGUGGAGGAUCCCUGACCAUGGCCGGCGCCGUGGCCAGCGUGGGGGACUACAAGGACUUGCUCGGAGGCGGCGGCAAGGGCCGCGGCGGCAGCCCUCUAAGCGACACGGACAAGCAAGGUGGCGGGCUUCUACUGGAAAAGCUCAAGGCUGGAAUGGCUUCGCUGGGGGCAGGCAGUGGGAAUGGCAGCACGGGUAUGGGUGCAGACGUGAAGGGCCUUCAGGAAUUUGGGGAAGGCGAGGGUGACGGUGACGGCAGCGGCGGGGGCGCACAUCAGCACUCACUGUUUGGAGGCUUGCGGGGCUCGCCUGAUGUGUCGAAGCAGCGCCGGCGCGGCAGCACCAACAAGGUAUCGCCGGCGGAUUCCGCGGAAGCCAUGCGGCCCGGAAAUGCAUCCCAGCCGGCGGACCGACCGGGCACGGGCGAGGCAAAGGAACGUCGGGACUCGGGCUACGGCUUGAAGAACAAGGUUGCGCCUGAGCCGGUGCGCAGCAUGUCCGGUGGGUGGGUGGCGCCGGAGGGCGGCGCGCUCCCUGCUGGCUCCGAGCCUCGCGCCAUGGCGCCUAGCCCAGGGCCGGGUGUGGCGGAGGCAGCGGUACCUGCUGCGGCGGGGGCUGCAGCGGGGUCGGUUGGUGCUGUUGAGAAGCGACCGGUGUCGCCGCUGCUCGAUAUGCCCAUGUCGUUGGCCCUGCCGGCCGUUGCGGACGGUGGCGUGGAGCAGUACGUCAAGCCGCGUGGCGCUGCGCUGGACGUGUCGAACAGCAAUUCUGCUCCAGCGGAGAGCGUGGAGAGUCCGUAUCAUUUCAAUAAACCCCUAUCCAUGGUAAGCAGCAACACACGUUACUGGACAGAAAACGAGGUAUGGCGGCCUUCGUCGGCGCGGAAGGAGCCGCCACCAGUGACCGUGACGGCGGCGGUGGCACCGGUGCCGGCGGCUCCAGAAGCAGCCGCAUCGGAUGCUCGCGGAAACACACCAGUUGAACCUUUUAGAGGCGGCGGCGAUGACGUUGCGGCUUCCGCUACGGCCACCGCCGCCGCUACGGCAGUAGCCGAGAACACAGCGCACUACGAAGAACCGUUGCUGCUGGAAGUCGACGACGUUGUAGCGACGGCAGCGGAGGCGUCAGCGGCGGUGCCGACGCCCUUCCGUGUCUGCACCCCCAGUGGCGGACGUACGGGUAUCACCCUGACCCCGCGGGCUAUUGCCGCGGCGACGGGUGCGGUGUCGCCGACGGCGCUUGCGCUACCGCCGUCGCUUGUGACGGCGGGGCUGGCGCCCUCCUUCCGUUCACGGCUGGGGGUGUCGAGCAGCCGGCCGGUCUCGCCUCAAGUGGUUUCGGGGACUUUGGUUGCGGAGGCUGCCGCCUCCAGCGGGCUUGUGGUGGUGGAACGGCGGUCUGGUCUGGAGCGGAACGGCUCUGACAGUCGUCCCGGAUCGCCCUCAGCGCCAGCAGCAGCAGCGGGGACAGCAAUACAAGGUGUGGGAGUUCCCACCAGCCCAAGCUCGCCACCGGCUGUCGCGGCGGGUGGGGUAACCGUGGUGAGCCGGCGCGGCAGCAUGGAGGCUGGUGGAAGCGGCAGCAGGCCGGCUAGCCGCAUGGCGGGUCUCUCACCUGUGGCCGCAAGCAUCCAACUGCCGCCUGCGCCGUCAUUCAGCCGCACCGGCAGCGGGGUCGGCGUGCGUAGUCCGUUGGGUAGGGGUAGUGCGGUUCCGGCUGUGGCUAGUAGCCCUUUGGGACGGGCGGCGAGUAGGGGUACUGGCGUGGAGGCCAGGGACGGUGCGGAUGGGGCUGAUGGGGAGGGGAGCCUUGCGGUGCCGGUCGCGCGUGUGGGGACUGCUGGCAGCGUCAGGGCGGCCUCUCCGGGGCAGCCACCGCAGGAUGCAGUGAUGUAAGGCGGAUGGUGGUAUUGGCGUCUUGUUCGUUGUGUCAGGUGGGCUGUGUGGGUGGAGGGCGGCCAGUUUGAUUAGAGGCGUGUCAAGCCAAACAAUCCACACCGGAAAAAAAGUCACUCGCCUGCUCUCCCUCCGCGCGUGGUAUUGUUAACAACUUUACGUUUGUGCGCGUAUCCAUGUUGGUGGUACUGGCUGGCAGGGCUUCGUUACUGACAAGCAAUUGCUUUAUGCAGCAGUACACUUUGUAUUGAGGACCUUAGAAGCGGCAAUACACUGUGACUUGCGUUGAGGCUUCCCUAAGACCUCGCUCGGAAGUGCCGAACCGUCAGCGUGUGUUACACGACAACCGUAGUUACGGUCACAAUUGCGUCGGACCGCUAACUUGUGAAGCCCGUGCGGGCUCGAAAGAACUCCGUGCAAAAGUCGUCGCCUGGGGUGCGUGUUGGUUUUCCUUUGUGAAGCAAUUGGCGCAUGUGGUGGUCGUCUGCUGAAUAAGCGGUGUCCUGCACCCCCGUUUGGUAAUGCAUUCUUCGUUUGUUGCUCUUCUUCCUGUUUGCAGCAGGAAGUCCGGGUGCUGCAUCUGUGAGCUGCGUCUUGGGCGUUGUCAGCGUACGGCAUGUGCGCCGUACAGCUAAAGGACAAACUGCAUCCGGUUAUACCUAAUCUCUACCUACCUAUGUGCUUGUGGGCAGACAUGUAUAUGGCAUGGCGGUUUGCACAGCCACGUGAUUUGCGCCGAGUGCGCUGCUGCACAUGUCAUGCAGGGCCGCACUUUGGAGACGCCUUUUGUGAUCUUGUUAGUACUUACUAGUUGUGUCUUAUUUACUCGGAGGCGUUUCAGCGUGCGUGACUUGCGUUGGCCAGUUCUGCGGAUGGCCGCUUCUGGGUGGUAGAACACGGAAGCAAGCUACCCAUAAGUUGGGCGCUGGUCUUCGUGUUGUUACGAUGCGUACUUGGGCAUGCUUGCCCAACAGCACGCAUAGUUUUUUAUUUGACGACCUGGGUGGCCCCGGCACGUUUGGGGCAUGUGAUGUGCAAGCUGAUGAUCCAAUCCUUCCGUGCAAAUGGGGCUAAGAUUUGCUUGUAAACAAUGAGGAGGUGCUGAUCCCAUGCGUUCCCCGCAUGUACACACUGCACACGGCUGUGUGU